AUGGGUUUGAAGAAGGCGUCUGGAUCACAAGAAGCACCUCCAGAACAGACCUCAAAGAAGGGCUCUGGAUCUGCUCAACCCGGCAUCGUCCAGAAGGAUGGCUCAAUCGCAGUGGAGUGGGCAAGCAUUGAACUGGAUGACAACGAGUUGGAGGAUUUCGUGAGGAACAGAUUGUCGAUCAUGCUGGCACAGCUUCCUGGCUCUGCGGCGGGAUCUGUCGAAUGCACUGUGGACCUGGCAGACAAUCAUCUUCGCCAAGCAGGGACUCUGGCCAAGAUGCUGCAGAGCCUGCGUGAAACAUCGUUGCAUGUGACAGUUCUCCGGCUCUACAAGAAUCGCUAUGACGACUCCGUGGCCGUCCCUCUCGCUGAGCACAUUCGGGCAGCUGCAACGCAAGGCCGACCAUUGAUGCAGCUUCAUUUGAGCAACAACUCGCUAACAGAGGCUGGCAUGCGGCUUCUGAUUGAAGCAGCGCACCAUAGCAAAGGCUACCCCCGCUCGAUGGGCUGUGCAAAGCUGAAGAGCUUAGGUCAGGACUCAGGUCGCCGGGUGCUGUGGCUACGAGUCGAAAAUCAGGAUUCGCCGAUUGCUGGACCACGAGACUUUCUGGAGAGCUGCAGUUCAGUGGGCCUGCCUGUGUGGAUUCUGGGGGAUGGUUCUGGCCAGAAGCCUCCUGCGGAUGCCGUGGUUCAGAUUCAUCCAUCCUUUGUCAGGACGCACGACGGAGGAUCUGCAGGGAGCAGCGCAGGUGGAAAAGGAUUCAAAGGCCCCAAAGGUGCAGGGCCAAUGACAGCCUUGGAUCGAUAUUUGAUGCACUGA